GUUAGACUGUUGCUUUUGUUUAACCGUUAUCUUCAGAUUUUCAAAUUUCUGUUUGCCUAAUUCCAAAAGGGAAUUAAUAAUCUUCCUAAGACUGCUUUUACAUAUAAAUCUUUCAGUGAAUUAUUUCCAUUUCUGAUAACAAUAACGACCUAUGAGUAACCCCUUUUGCUUUUUGUAGCAACAAAGAUGAACAUUUCUUCUUUUUCUUUUCUUCUCUUUGAUAUUAUAUCUUUCUUCCUUCUCUCAGUACUGAAUAAACUCUGCAAUUCAAGCCAAUUCCCGGGCCAAAGUAUCAGAUUCUACUACUGCUAAAUACCCAUCAUUCUGUUUUGUCUCUCUAAUGAUCAAAAAGAGGUUCCACUAACCAAAUUUGUGCACACUUCCAUGAUUGUCUUUUCAGAGUGAAGAGUUGAAGCCUCAAAUGGACACUUCUUCGAAUUACGAUGAUAGUUCUGAUGUGGGUUAUCAUCCCUCACCGUCUUCUCUGGAUCAAACUGAAACUCCAGGGUUUUCAACAAGUGGCGACUCUUUCUUGUUUCGUCGGACUUAUUCAGAGACCUCAGCCUUCUCUGACCCCUCUGACCCCAUAGAAGACAACAGCUAUUCAAGCGAACCUUCUCCUUGUCACUGGCCACCAAACAAAUCCGCAGCCCUUAAUCAGCCUGUCCUUGGUAGGCUAGGUAUGAAGCAACGAAAGCACAUCAUCGAUGAUCAAGAGUUAGUAGAUCCAGAAAUUGAGACGAUGAAAGAAAGAUUCGCAAAGCUUUUGCUUGGUGAAGACAUGUCAGGAAGCGGAAAAGGCGUCUGCACGGCUGUCACAAUCUCAAAUUCCAUAACCAAUCUCUAUGCCACUGUGUUCGGGCAGAAUUUGAGGUUGGAGCCCCUGAAACCUGAGAAAAAAGCAAUGUGGAAGAGAGAAAUGGAUUGUCUUCUUUCUGUGUGUGAUUACAUUGUAGAAUUCAUCCCCAAGUCGCAGAAUUUAAAAGAUGGAACAGCUCUGGAGGUGAUGGAAGGCAUACUACGAUCUGAUAUUUACAUCAACCUUCCUGCAUUAAGAAAGCUUGAUGCUAUGCUCAUCGAGAUACUCGAUGGGUUCCACGAUAUUGAAUUCUGGUAUGCAGAACAAGGAAGCAUGUCAUCAAAUUCAACUCGUUCGGGUUCAUUUCGCAGAGUUAUUGUUCAGCGGAAAGAGGAGAAAUGGUGGGUGCCAGUUCCUUGUGUUCCUCCAGGCGGUCUCUCUGAGAAGUCAAGGAAGCACUUGAGACACAAACGUGACUCUGCUAAUCAAAUUCACAAAGCAGCCAUGGCCAUUAAUAGUAGUAUUCUUGCUGAAAUGGAUAUUCCAGACACAUACAUAGAAUCACUUCCCAAGAGUGGAAGAGCGAGUGUAGGGGACAUAAUUUACCGCUACAUGUGUUCAACAGACAAAUUUUCCCCAGACCAUGUUCUGGACUGUCUCAAUAUAGCAUCAGAACAUGAAGCACUCGAGCUUGCAGACCGAGUAGAAGCUUCAAUGUACACGUGGAGACGUAAAGCGUGCAUGAAGAAUUCAAAAUCGUCCUGGGAAAUGGUAAAAGACCUCAUGUCUGACAUGGAUCGAACAGACAAAAAUCAUGCUUUAGCAGAAAGAGCAGAGAGUUUGCUCUUCUGCUUGAAGCGGAAGUAUCCUGAACUUUCACAGACGUCCCUGGACACAUGCAAGAUACAGUACAAUCGGGAUGUGGGACAAGCAAUCCUCGAGAGCUACUCGAGAGUCUUAGAAGGCCUAGCAUUCAACAUAGUAGCUUGGAUUGAAGAUGUUCUUUUUGUGGAUCAAUCUGUAAGAAGUCGAGGUCAAUAGUAAGCUAAAAAAUCUUAAUGCAGGAGUUCUCCUCCAACCACAGAUGAACAAUUUUUGUAGAACACAAGGGCACACACAAAAAAAAGGGGAAAAAAAAAGUAGUUAGAAGAAUCUAGGAAAUCUAUUUACUUGUUCUGGAAUUAAAUCAGUAUGAUAUAUCUGUAAUGCACUAAAUUAUCAGUUCCGACUUUAAGCAAUAUAUGUACAUUUUGCUUCUAGUGAAA